UCUCAAAAGAGAUUCUUAACUCAUGUUAGAAAGUACCCACUUGUCAAGUCGACUAGGGAUGUCGUCUUUCGUGUACCUGGAACCAGACAGGUUGCUACUUCCAUUACUCCAACUUUAAAGGCAAUCAGGGCCACUCAACCCGUAAAAUGGGUUAUGGAUACUGGUGAUGAUAUCGCAGUACUGAUGUUAACUCAGCUUGAUUCAGUGUUCCCUAGUUUAUCCACUUUAGAAGCGCAUGACCUAACUGACCCAAUGACUAGACCGGUCAAUGGGACUGUUACUACUACUCAAGAAACUUUGAAUGCUGCCCAUGAGUCUCUUUUCAAAACCAUUGUCGAACCAACUGCCAAAAAUGUUAGUGGUCUUCGUUAUAGCUUCAAUACUUUGGUAUACGAUAACAACGGUAAAGGUAUUAUCACCAGUCAAGUUGAUCCAAUAGUUGCUCCAGUUAACGAAAGCAUUGAAAAGUUAAUCACUGUUUGGUUCCCUGAAACUGAAAAAGUUUCCAAAGAUCACUCAAGUGAACUUGCCCGUACCCUUUUAAUGUUG